CUUGGCAGCGGAGGGGCGCUCCUUCCUUCCUUCCUUCCUUCUUCCCUUCCUUCUCCUCCUUUCCUUCCUUCCUUCCUUCCUUUCCCCCCUCCCUCAAUGUUCUGGAAGAAUGAGGCCCCCUCCUCCGCCCCCCCGCCCGAGGGUGAGCAGCCGCGGACCGAGGCACACCGGGGGGUCCUGGAGGAGGAAGAGGAGCCCCCCUCGGCGGCCAGCAGCCCGGCCUCCCCCUCGCCGCCCCCCUCCGCCCCUGCCGCCCCCACUUCCCCUGGGCCCCCCUCCGGAGCUUCCGCUUCCUCUUCCGCUUCCUCUUCCUCCUCGAGGGAGACCCUUCCGCCGCCACUGCCCACCCCCAAACAGCAGCUCUGCGCCAGUUGCGGAAGGGAGAUCCUGGACAGGUACCUGCUCAAGGUGAACAACCUUCCUUGGCACCUGGGCUGCCUGGCCUGCUCGGUGUGCCGGGCUUCCCUCCGGCAGCAGAGCAGCUGCUACGUCAAGAACAAGGAGAUCUUCUGCAAAGUCGACUAUUUCAGCCGUUUUGGGACCAAAUGUGCGCGGUGCGGGAGGCAGAUCUUUGCGAGCGACUGGGUGCGGCGGGCGCGGGGCAACGCGUACCACUUGGCCUGCUUUGCCUGCUUCUCCUGCAAGAGGCAGCUGUCCACCGGAGAGGAGUUUGGCCUAGUCGAGGAGAAGGUCCUCUGCCGCAUCCACUACGACACCAUGAUCGAGAACCUCAAGCGCGCCGCCGAGAACGGGAACGGCAUCACCUUGGAAGGGGCCGUCCCGUCUGAGCAGGACAGCCAACCCAAGCCGGCCAAAAGGGCCCGGACCUCCUUCACAGCGGAGCAGCUGCAGGUCAUGCAAGCCCAGUUCGCUCAGGACAACAACCCGGACGCACAGACCCUGCAGAAGCUGGCGGACAUGACGGGGCUGAGCAGGAGAGUCAUUCAGGUUUGGUUUCAGAACUGCCGUGCGCGGCAUAAAAAGCACACGCCGCAGCACCCGGUGCCGGCCUCGGGAGGGCCCCAGCCCCGCCUGCCCUCGGUGCUCCCGGAGGACCUCCACUUCUCCCCCUUCAGCAACCCCGAAAGGGCCAGGAUGGUCACCCUCCACAGCUACAUAGAAAGCCAGGUACAGUGUGGACAAAUGCACUGCCGCCUCCCCUACGCCGCCCCGCCUGUGCACCUCAAAGCUGACAUGGAAGGACCCCUCGCCAGCCGGGGGGAGAAGGUCAUCCUCUUCCAGUACUGACCGCCUGUGCUCCUCUUGACCUCUGGGAGAUUGUGUGGGUGGUGAUGCUGCUGCUCUUUGGCCACUGUCCUGGCGGCCUGGAGAGCCCGGCCCCUUCUUCCAACCGACUUGACCAGCACCUGGAACUUUGGCCUUUGUGACUGCCGUCUCUCCAAUCCCUGGUUGUUGUGUUCGGCGAGCAAAGACAACAAGUGGCAAGCAACAACACAACCUACUAGCCCCAAGGAAGGAAGGAAGGAAGGAAGGAAGGAAGGAAGGAAGGAAGGAAGGAAGGAA